CAAAUAAAAUAACAUUUGAAAAUAAUAAAAAUGUAAAGUUUAUAUUUUUUGAAACUCUUUGCUUAUCCCGGAAGUUCCCUUGAAGUUGGUUGGGUGUUUCAAAAUUAUGUCAGUGUCACGAAGUGUGUGAAAAUUCACGCGCAAAUAUUUAUUUUGAAAAGGAAAAUUAAUACAACUUCAAAAUGAGCCAUGAUAUGUUUAGUUCGAGCGCCAAUGACCAGCUCACGAGGGAGCGGGGAAUAUGCAUGGAAAAGGACUGCCCUACUAGAAAAGCGUUUCUAGAACUCCGCGAAUGCCAGAACCGCAUCAUGAACAAGCCGUACACGGCUGAAAACUGCCACCAGGAGACGGUAGACCUGAUUGAAGCCAUCGACCACUGCGUUGCUGAUAAGGCUUUUGUCAAAUUUGCUUGAGAUUCUUUAAACUUUUUGC